ACACCACGUUUCAUUAUGAUUGAGCUUUGUUUCCAUUGUUCAUUUAUAGAAACCUUCCGUUAGCAAAAUCAUACUACAAGCGAAAGCUGCGUUCAUGAAUAUUUAUUAGGCAACGGUAACAUACUCGUUAACCCUUCUGAAGCGUCCUUUCACGUUCUGCAAUUAAUAUUCAUGAGCCAAACCUUCGCUGUUCUAUAAUUGGUAAUUUCGCUUUCUGUUCCCAGAAUGAGUAUGAGGUUGUGAGUACAUCGGCAGUGCGCGUUUAAUAAAAGUGUUAACAGAGCUGUCAAAUCAUGUUUCACAGUAUUAAAUGCAUUUAAUAUGGUGAACCUCUUCGAUUUAAAGCACAUGGAAUAAACAAUAAGCGCCAUCAACCAUCAGUCAUUUUGCCAGGUUUCCAUGGCCGCAGAGGAGAACGAGUGUCCUGGGUUCAUCUGCCAGAACUCUGAGCCUGUGAGGUCAUGGGAGCUGGAGUCAGUUCUGACCAAUCAUACGUUGUGCUUUGUAGCGAGGUUAGAGCAACAGUUUGUUUGUCCAUCAUGUGGUGGUAUUGUCCUAAACCCACACCAGACGGGCUGCGGGCACAUCUUCUGUGCCCACUGCAUCAAAGCAUACAUUGACAAGGGGGGAAUUUCAAAAUGUCCUUUAGACAACAUUUCUAUAAAACCUGAGGAGAUAUUUCAAGACAACUGCUGUAAAAGGGAACUGCUAAACUUAGAGGUCUACUGCACCAACGCCCCAGACUGCACGCAGAGGGUUACAUUAUGCAAUCUGCAAGAUCAUCUCAAAACUUGUCAGUAUGAGCAACUUAGAUGUUCCAACUCAGGGUGUCCUGACAUCUUAUUACGCAAAAACUUGUCAGACCAUCAGAGGAAUAUCUGUUCUUUCCGACUGGAAUCUUGCCAACACUGCAGGCAGUCCUAUCCCAUAUCUCAACUACUGGACCAUCAGAAGACCUCAUGCCCAGAAGUUGAAGUCCUGUGUUUAAACAAGUGUCCCCAGAUGAUCAAAAGGGACAAGCUGCAGGCACAUGCUGACGAAUGUUCUGAAGUGGAGACAGACUGCAUUUAUAAAAACUAUGGCUGCACUCUUAGAGACAAAAGAAGGAAGGUUCAAGUUCACGAAAACACAGAGUUCAGUUCCCACGUUCGGCUUGUUCUGGAAAGUAACUCCAAACUUGAGAAACAGGUGGAGCAGUUGCAGCAGGACAUGCUGAUCCAGCAGGGGGCGCUAAAGAACAAGAGUCUUUUGGUCAACAGUCUAGACAGAGACACUACCUUGUGUGACAGCACACUGACUACCUUACAGAGGUCUGUGGAGGAGCAGAGAGUGCACAUCAGCAGUGUGCAGCGUGAACUGUGCGAUCUCCGGGGUGUUUUAGGGUCUGAGCUGAACGAAGAGCUCCCGAGUCUCCAAACAUCACUGGACUCACUCAGACAACAGGUGGCCGUUACCGAAAGUCUCAGGGAACACCUGGGUGCGCUAGAGCAAACGUGUCAGCGGCAUUCUCGUUUGUUGGACAUCCACAUGGAACAGCUGCAGUGUAAUGAGCAGCGUUUUCGCCAACUUGAAUCCACCUCCUACGAUGGCAAGCUCAUCUGGAAAGUGCGCGACUACUGGCGGCGUAAAGAAGCCGGCGAUCUACUCAACUCCAUUCCCUUCUACAGCAGCCGCAGUGGCUACAAGCUCAGCAUGCGUGCAUACCUCAGCGGCGACAGCUCCGGGAGAGGCACCCACCUUUCUCUCUACGUCAUGAUAAUGCGCGGAGACUUUGACUCCCUCUUACCAUGGCCGUUUCGUCAGAACAUUACGCUAACUUUGCUGGACCAGAGCGGAUCCCGCAACCACGUGACCAGUGCUUUCACUCCUGACAAUGGCAGUGAUAGCUUUCGCCGCCCGACAUGUGAUGCUAAUGUGGCCACUGGUUUCCCACGGUUCAUCUCUCAUAUUGACUUGGAGGUACCUCGGAAUGCCGUUUAUGUGAGAGAUGACACACUGUUCAUCAAAGUGAAGGUGGACACAACAGGAUUGGAUGACUUUUAGUCUUAUGAACACAUUUUCACGUUAGGAAAAAAACAUAUCUGAAUUGCUCAGCAUUUCGUUCGUAAACUUGAGAGUCAAGAUAGUGUCAUAUUAAAGCUGGUUGAAGAUAUUUCAAACAUUAUAAGAGUUAUUCCUGUUAUGAAGUACCUUUUAAGUUCUGUAACUUACAUUUUAUUAUUAUUAUUAUUAUUAUUAUUAUUAUUGUUGUUGUUUUAAUUUAAGGAAGAAUUUCUACAAAAGGGAAUAGUAGACUUUAAGAUAAAUGCCCUGGUCAAGCACAGGCACUUAAAAUGUUUUCAUUAUAAAAUUUAACAAUGGCAAGAAAAUUAACAAGAUGCCUGACAGCAUGGAAAUAACUAAAGAGCUAAAGUAAGCCAUUGCUCAGUGAUGGAUAGAGAGUUAGCCUACAUCUGAGUGUUAACCUGUUCAUUUUAAUACAUAAUUUUUAACCAUCUUUUGAAAAUUUGACAUUAUCAUACCAAUUUCUGUAAUUUUGUCUAAUAGGAUGGAAUAUUUUAGAGUGAGUCAAACCAACAAAUACUACAAAACAUCACCGAAUUCAUAGAAUCCAUUGCUUAUAAUUACUGAUGUUUGUGCUGAUGUUUUCCCACCUAAAAUGUGGGAAAAUGUCACUUCCUGGAGGUUGACGUCAUUUACAAUAUCAUAAACCAUAUACCCAAGAAUUUGUUUUUAGUUAAUGUUGUUUUGAUUAGAGAAAGAAAAAAAAUUAACACCUAAAAUAUUUCUUUAUAAAUUGUCGGUUUUUCAGUCUACACAUUAAGUUACUGUUAUGAUUGAAAGGUGGCUGAUUCUUAUGAAAUCUGUCUAGAAAAUAUCCUGGUCCUAUUUUACUCCAAAAUCCAGAGAAACAAAUAAGAAAUUGUAUUUUGCAUUUAGAAAAUGAAGCCUAUUUUUAGUGUCAUUGUUUUUUUUAACAUUGUGAUAUUUUUAUUUUUUUGACAGUUAUGUACAAUUUAUCCCCCAAUUCUCAUGACCACCCACCCAAAAAAGGUCAUUAUGAUAUACUCAUUACCAUAAUGUGAAAAAAGAUGGUCACUGUGAUAUUUUCAUUACCACAACUCAAAAAAUAUUAUUAUGAUAUUCUCAUUACCGCAAUGCCAAAAAAGAAAAAAUCUCAUUAUCGCAAUGCAAAAAAAGAUGGCCAUUAUGAUAUUCUUAUUACUGCAAUGUGGAAAAAGACUGUCGUUAUUAUUUUUCAUUACCAAAACGCAAAAAAAAGAUGGUCAUUAUGAUAUUAUCAUUACUGCAAUGGAAAAAAAGAAAAAAUUCUCAUUUCUGCAGUGUGUAAAAAGAUUGUCAUUGUGAUAUUUUCAUUACCGCAAUGCAGAAAAGAUGAUCAAUAUGAUAUUUUCAUUUCUGCAAUGUGAAAAAAGAAGGUCAUUAUGAUAUUCUCAUUACCGCAACACAGAGAAAGAUGAUCAUUAUGAUAUUCUCUUUACCGCAACGCGGAUAAAGAUGGUCAUUAUGAUAUUUUUAUUACCGCAAUUUAAAAAAGAUGGUCACUAUGAUAUUUUCAUUACCGCAAUGCAAAAAAUAUGGUCAUUAUGAUAUUCUCAUUACUGCAAUGUGGAAAAAGAUAGUCAAUAUUAUUUUUCAUUACCGAAAUGCAAAAAAAGGCCAUUAUGAUAUUCUCAUUACCGCAAUGCAAAAAAAGAUGGUCACUAUAAUAUUUUCAUUACCGCAGUGGCAAAAAAAGAAAAAAUUAUCAUUACCGCAAUGCGGAAAAAUAUUGUCAUUGUGAUAUUUUCAUUACCGCAAUGCAAAACAAGAUGAUCAAUAUGAUAUUCUCAUUACUGCAAUGUGGAAAAAGAUGGUCAUUAUGAUAUUUUCAUCACCGCAACACAAAAAAAAUGGUCUUUAUGAUAUUCUCAUUAACGCAACACGGAAAAAGAUGAUCUUUAUGAUAUUCUCAUUACCGCAAUGCAAAAAAAGAUGGUCAUUAUGAUAUUCUCAUUACCGCAAC